AUCAGAAGCAAUGGGAGGAGUAAUGUCAUAUUUUCGUGGCCUCUUUGGCGCCCGCGAAAUGCGUAUUCUCAUCUUGGGACUUGAUGGAGCCGGUAAAACGACAAUUUUGUAUAGGCUGCAGGUCGGUGAAGUUGUGACCACGAUUCCAACAAUUGGUUUUAACGUGGAACAAGUCGAGUACAAAAAUUUGAAAUUCCAAGUCUGGGAUCUUGGAGGACAAACAUCGAUACGGCCUUAUUGGAGAUGCUAUUAUGCGAAUACUGAUGCAAUCAUUUAUGUUGUGGAUUCUGCUGAUAGAGAUCGAGUUGGAAUCUCUCGUCAAGAACUUGCAACAAUGCUACAAGAGGAUGAACUUCAAGGAGCUGUUUUAGCAGUUUUAGCCAAUAAACAAGAUAUUGCUGGAUGUUUGACUGAAACUGAAGUGUACAAAGCAUUGGGAUUGGAUGCUCUUCGUAAUCGUACCAUUCAAAUUUUCAAGACAUCUGCUUCAAAAGGAGAAGGGCUCGACCCAGCGAUGGAUUGGCUGGCGAAUCAAUUGCAACAGAAAAAGUGAUCAAAUUCACGUGAAUUCGAAGAUUUAUCAUCCAAAAUGAGCCCAGAACAAAUUGUCUAAAAUCUUAAUUUUCUAGAAUUGUAGAUGAUUUCUGGGCACUCGUAAUACAUUUUAAUUCUCCAUAUUUUGUUUAGCUGCAAACACGAGGUGUGUCUUUCUCUCUAUAAUUCUGUGAUUUUUCUUCCUUUUCUUCUAUCCUGUUCUGUUCUUUCUUUCCUUCCUUUUUUGUCUUCAAAAAUCUCGUUUUAUUUAAUUUCUAUCCGCUUAAUGAUUGGUUGUUCUAUUGCCUUAUCCCAAUGUUCUUGAGAUGAUCCGUUUUAUAGUUGUUUUUUUGUAAAAUGUAAAAACGAAUAAUUUAUACCACCAAAAAAUUUGUAAUUGAAUUAUUUAUUUGUAUAAAAAGUGUGAAAGACCUGUAGUUUC